GUGGACAGGAGUGUUGCUUACACGCAGCAAAAGGUUAUUUUGCCAUCUGCUACUCGCUCCUUUAUAGCCAUUCUCGGGCUAGUAAUAGAUCAAAACCAGGUAUAAUAGGUGCCAGCCUCACACGGGCACCAGAAUAAUGUUGGACAUUCCCUUGUGGAUGGACGCCAAAAAAAUAAGCGCUCUCUUCAUUUCACUUGCUGCACACACCAAACCUACCACGCUCAGACUAAUAUUUUGUCUUGGGGACAGACAGAGAUGGACAGACAAGCUGGGAAAGCUUAUGGAAUACUCAAAUCCCAACAAGAAGACAACCUGAACUCCAUCAAUGAGACUUACCUCACUGACUCCAAGUAUGCUGAUGUGGAAGACCUGACAUCCAAACUGGAAUCUUUCAAACACAAAUACAUGGAGUUUGACCUCAAUGACCAAGGAGAAAUAGACAUUAUGGCUCUAAAACGAAUGCUGGAGAAGUUGGGCGUCGCCAAAACUCACCUUGAACUAAAGAAGAUGAUGUCUGAUGUGGUGGGAAGCAAGGAGUCCAGGGAGACCAUCUGCUACACCGAUUUCCUUAAUAUGAUGCUUGGAAAGAGAAAUGCAAUAUUAAGGCUGAUUCUAAUGUAUGAAGGGAAGGCUAAGGAGCAGGAGCCCAAGGUCACUGGUCCCCCCCCUCCCAAAACCUUCGCUGAUCUGCCAUAAAUCCUAAUUGGGACACGCCCCUCUCUUUCACUCUCACCUGAGACACCAUGUCAUUCUAGAAAAUGAAUCAAAUUGAUAAAUGUGUAACAAGUAACACAAUAUGUCCCUAAUUAAUGUAUACUAAUAAUCACUAAUAUGCCCCUAAUUAAUGUAUACUAAUAAUCCCUCCCCUUUCAUGUUUUGUUUGCUAUGCUACCCUGUUCCCUGCAGACAUGUAUAACCCCAAAUCAGAAAAAGUUGGGACGGUAUGGAAAAUGAAAAUAAAAAAAGAAAGCAGUGAUUUAUAAA